ACGAUAGUUGAGUAAGGCUACACGCCUCUUUUUAGUUCAAUUUCAGACCAUCAACCUUUUAAGUAUUCUGUGUCAAGUGGUGCCACUGUUAAAUUUUAUUCAGAUGAAAUCCGUUUUAUGUUUCAGUAAAUGUCUUAUGUUUCAAAGAGAAAAUUAAACUACAUUAAAUCAGUAGUGAGCUGAUCCAGGAUUGGGAUCGAAGGGACUAACUAGCGUGUAGCCGUAGCGAAGUAUCAACGACGCACAACAAUGACCGAAGCAAAUGACAAAAAACAUGCUCCGCUUAGUAGGUCAACCACAAUAAAACAGAGCGCCACCAACCUUGAGUUGCUGAUGAGUAUGGGCUUUCCGAAACACCGGGUGGAGAAGUCUUUGGCAUCAACUGGCAACCAAGGUGUUCAGCAAGCCUCUGAUUGGCUCCUUAAUCAUCUGGAAGAUGCCACCUUGGAUGAGCAAAUGCCACGCGAGUUUAUCAUGUAUGCAUGUCCUGUAGGACCAUUUGCAGAGGAGCUUGAAGCAUUUUGGGAACAAUCACUUAAAGAAGUGGGUCAUAAUGGGGCCCACGGCCUUCUACCACAUGUCACCCUUUGCUCAUUUUUUUCAUGUGAUGACAGCCUCGUAGCAGAGGUGACACAUGCAUUCCAACUUGCAAUAGACCGGUGGAAGAAUGAGGCGCCUGACCAGAUUGCGGUUGAAUACUUUGCUGCAGCUAAUUUCAUUGGCUUGUUCAUCGAAGAAAAAAAUGCCGAGUACAUGAGGCGUGUCGCACAAGAUUUUUCAGUGGAGGCAUUAAAUAUUGCAGGUAUUAAACUUGAACCUCAUAAAAAACAGUUACAUCUCACAUUAGCGUACCAGUUCCACCAAAGUCAUCUGGAGAAGCUAGAGAAACUUUCAAAGGAAAUUAACUUGAACAAAUCCGCUCGCUGGGAAUUGAGGCUCUACUCCAGAGACGUACGGGCAGGCAAAGGCGAUGUUUAUCGUGUAAUGUAUUCACGUUUGGCAAAGACAGAGGAUGAGUUAGAGGCAACGAACGACGAUUUUAUCUACCGUGAGGCGAAUGAUGAAGUUUCGACUCCGGACUGGAUUUACGGAGUAUCCCACAAGACGGGAUGUGCCGGAAAAUUUCCGUUAGAUUACCUGGAGUCUUGUCCGGAGUCAGAUGUGUGGACCCUACACAGAGCAUUUCCAAUCACAAAAACAACGAGUGAACUUAUUCCAGUACCGCCAAUCCGCAAGCCGGCGCCUGCUAUGGGCUCCGAUGAGAUGCACAGUAGUAAAUACAAAACGUCAGUAGGAUUACUGCAGGGAAACCCAGAGUAUGAAAAUAUUACGAUCAAUGUAAAGAAAUCCACUCCAAGGCAAUUAUUUGUUGUGAGGCAUGCAGAACGAGUUGAUAUUUCAUUUGGUCAGCAAUGGAUUCAUCUAAGCUUUGAUGAAAAUGGGAAGUAUUUAAGAAAGAAUAUAAAUAUGCCACGGAAGGUGCCUGACAGAGCAGGGAGUCCUAAAUCAUUCAUAAAUGACUCCCCUAUUACUGAAAUGGGAUUGUUCCAAGCAAGAAUGACAGGAGAAGCGAUGCGGGAUGCAGGAAUUAAAAUCUCCCAUGUGUUUUCAUCACCAGCGUUGAGAAGUGUACAAACAGCUGAUGCUAUACUUAAAGGUUUAGGGACCCCAGCAUCAGUGAUGAUUAAUGUAGAUAUCACUCUAUUUGAGUGGUUGGCGUGGUGCAAAGGUGGACUUCCCAACUGGAUGACUCUAGAGGAGUUAAAGGCCUUUGGCUUGAACGUGGACACCACCUACAAAUCAUUCAUUACAGCACAGCAGCUGAACCUCCAGGAGAACUGUCACUCAUACUUCAAAAGGAGUGAGCUGUUUAUGAGGCAUGUCUUGAAACACAAUAAAGAUGGCAAUAAUUUCCUGAUUGUUGGUCAUGCCGGGUCUCUAGAUGGUUGUACACGUCUCCUUCAGGGUCUGUCUCCAAGGCCUGCUCUAGAAUUUACAAAAAUUGUUCAGAAGGUAAAAUCACUUUUUUUAUAGCAAAUAUAAUGUGUU